UCUCUCUCUUUUGCCAAAUCAAACAGGUUUACCUUUUUGAUGACUUUUAGACUCUUGCUCUAUCAUACAAGAUUAACCACAUUCACUUUAUCACAAGAAAACUUCCUGACUGCAUUAAUGGUUUAGCGAAACUGAUGUCUGCCUAACAGUUAUGGAUGGAGUACAUCUAAUAAUUUGCCUGCUGUGGGCAUGUGUGAAUGUGUGUGAGUGUGAUCUGGCCAUGUUUGGGGAGGUUUCUUCUCCACAGUACCCUGACCCCUAUCCAGCAGAUCUCCAGAAACAGUGGGAUCUAGAAGUCCCACAAGGCUUUCAGAUCCAACUGACGUUCAACCACCUGGACAUCGAGCCUUCUCCAAACUGUUACUACGAUUCUGUCUCGGUUGUGUCUGAUAGGAAAGUUCUGGGAAAGUUUUGUGGACAGAAUUCUACAGACAGGUUUCAUCCUGGUGACAAACCCAUACUGGCUCCUGGUAAUCGUCUCCAGUUGCUUUUUCUAACAGAUGAUUCAAAUCACGAGUCCCACUUGGGAUUCAGUGCAUUCUACCAAGCAGUUGACACAGAUGAGUGUUCUUCCUCUAGUGUGGGAAUUGAUCCACCGUGUUCACAGAUUUGCCUCAACACCCUUGGGUCUUUCUUGUGUGCCUGUCAACAUGGAUACACACUGCAGCCUGACACCCGCACUUGUAUCUUGGAGUGUGGAGGUGGCCUGCACAGUGAACUAGAGGGGAGCAUCUCCAGUCCUGGCUAUCCAGACACAUCUCCGCUUAAUCUGGAUUGCGUCUACAACAUCUCUGUCCAGCCAGGCUUCAUGAUCACUCUCAACUUCAGCCAGAACUUCCACAUUGAGCGAGUCGACAUUCAAGGGUCGACCUGCCUCUUCCACUGGCUGCAAGUGUCUGUCCCAGGGGAGGAUACUAAAAAGUACUGUGGAGAGAAAAGUCCUGGUGUCUUAAAGACGAAAUCUCACUUCGUUCAGCUGAAGUAUCACACCGACAGAUACGGAGAGAGUCGAGGCUGGAGUUUACGUUACACCACAGAGAGAGUACGGUGUCCAGAUCCAGGCAGUGUCACCAAUGGAGCAGUCACACCAAAUUUUCCCCAGUACUUAUACAGAGACUACAUUCAUGUGCGCUGUAAUCCAGGGUACAAGCUCAUGAGGGGAGAUAUAGAGAUUUCAAGGUUUAAGUCUAUAUGUCAGAGUAAUGGACAAUGGAAUGUGCCACUGCCAGAGUGCAAGAUUAUUGACUGUGGAGCUCCAAAGCCACUGCUAAAUGGAAACUUUACUUUUAUCAGUGGAGAAAGAAAUGAAUACCAGUCUGUCAUAGAGUAUCAAUGCAAUAAGCCAUACUACAGAUUUGGGGAUACGCCUAAAGUGAGAUACAAGUGUGCAGUAAAUCGGAAAUGGGUGGAAGAAAACAACAACGAUGUUAUUCCACCUUGCUAUCCUGUGUGUGGAAUGAAUACGGAGGACUUGUCUGCUGGAAGAGUCUUUGGUGGGAAGCCAGCAAGAUUAGGAGAGAUUCCCUGGCAGCUCUUUCAUAAGUCAAGCACUAGAGGUGGUGCAUCACUGAUCAGUGAUUACUGGGCUCUGACAGCAGCUCAUGUAGUGGAUGGAUAUGAAAGCAAAAACAUGACUUGGCUUGGAGGAAUAAUUAAUGCUUUGAAUGAAACUCCAGUCACUAUUAAGACAGAAAAGAUCAUAAUUCACCCAAAUUAUAAGAAGGUUGGUAGAGAUGGCCGUUCGUCAGACUAUAAUAAUGAUAUUGCUCUGAUGAAAAUGUCUGCUAUGGUGCCUCUUGGUCCGAACAUCAGGCCGGUGUGUUUGCCAAAGAAAACAGAUGAAGCUGUUAAAGAGGGCAUGAUGGGAACAGUUUCAGGUUUUGGAGUUUUUAAUUGGACUGUAAGUAAUGUGUUACGUUAUGGUCAUGUUCAAGUAUAUAGUCUCAAGAGUUGUGAUCGAGGUGGUUUGCCAGUCAGUGAUAACAUGUUCUGUGCUGGAGAUGAUGUUCAGGGUAUUGACAGUUGUAGAGGUGACAGUGGAGGCCCUCUGUUUUUCCCAAUGCUGGGCGAUGGAACUGAAGACCAUCACUAUGUUGUGAGAGGCAUUGUGUCAUGGGGUCCUAAAUGUGCUAAAAAAAUCUAUAAAGGUUACUACACUAAAGUGCAAAACUACCUGGACUGGAUUGAAGAAACUAUGGCAAAUAAUUAACAUGCACUGUGCAAGAAAAAACAUUAUUCAAAUCACUUUUGAAUGCAAAUAGCAUGAAAAUUGGAGAAUAAUUGGAGUCUAUUUAUGCCAUGUCUAAUUUGCCCAAAGAAAAAAAGUGAGCUAAAAUUGUACUUUUUCAUUUUAUUUUUUGUCACUACCAAAAUUGAGGACUGGUGGAAUUACAAGAGCUUUCUGGGGGAAAUAAAAAAAUCAGGAGGGUAGCGGGAGAUGAGUGUGAAAUAUGGGAGACUCCCGGGAAAAGCGAGAGUAUUGGCAGGUAUGUGUUCUACUCAUGUGGUCCUGAUGAGCAGUCGCGUCAUCAGAAGAUCAGCUGUCAAUGGGGCUCUUAUAUGGGACUCUUAUUUUGAAAACCAGAGACACUGCAAUGUCAAACCCAGCUACACAAGUUUGUUUACUGUGAGUAACUGUGCAACCAGCCAUCACUUUAGAGCUUGUCAGAACACAAAAAUGAGACUAUGCAGAUUAUACAUUUUUCACCUCCACGCCAAAGAGGCAUAGUGCAUGUUUAAUUGUACCUUUUGUUAAUUUAUCAUGUUUCUUGUGAAAUUUGCCAGAUAUGUUUGUAAUUAGGGUUCAGCAAACUACUGAGUAUUGUGUUUAAUACGCGUUUCUGCAUCGUGUUUUAUCACUCAGCUCUUACUGUGAUUUCUCUGAAGUGAAAUAAUUGCAGUACAAUUUAUUAAACCUCAUCUGUUUAUGUAGAGGUUGAUAUUAAUUCUUUCCUGUGUUUAUAUUUACAUUAUAUUUUCAAAAUACAACACAAUACAAA